UUUUCCUGCUUGGGGGAAAGCAAACACACAAUGUUCAUUUCCUAAAUACGGGAUGUGCUGUGUGCUUGGCAGGUCAUUUUCCACCAUGUCACAUCCUUCUGGAUGAAGGCAGCAGGGGCCAGGACAGGAAAUGGCAAAUUCUCAGAAUGAGACAAGGCUUUCCCAGGGCAGUCAUUGGUUCUCUGAAACUAUAAAGCGUGCUCAUCCAGAAACAGCCUCAGAUUUUUCUUUCCUGGAGAUAGCCAGAAGUGAAUGGGCAUGGAGGGGUCGGCAGCCUGGGAGCUGCAGGGCGCCGAUGCACUGCGGCGCUUCCACGGUCUGCUGCUGGACCGCCGGGGCCGACUGCACAGCCAGCUGCUGCGCUUGCGCGAGGUGGCCCGGCGACUCGAGCGCCUCCGCAGGCGCUCCUUGGCGGCUAACGUGGCAGGCAGCUCCCUGAGCGCCGUGGGCGCCGUCACCGCCAUCGUGGGGCUCUCGCUCAGCCCGGUCACCCUGGGGGUCUCACUCCUGGCAUCUGCCGUGGGUCUGGGGGUGGCCACCGCCGGAGGGGCAGUCACCAUCACGUCCGACCUCUCCAUGAUCUUCUGCAACUCCCGGGAGGUGCGGAGGGUGCAGGAGAUCGCAGCCACCUGCCAGGACCAGAUGCGCGAGAUCCUGAGUUCCCUCGAGUUCUUCUGCCACUGGCAGGGCUGCGGGGACCGCCAGCUGCUGCAGUGCGGGAGGAACGCCUCCAUCGCCCUGUACAAUUCCGUCUACUUCAUCGUCUUCUUUGGCUCACGUGGCUUCCUCAUUCCCAGGCGGGCCGAGGGGGCCACCAAGGUUAGCCAGGCUGUGCUGAAGGCCAAGAUUCAGAAACUGGCAGCGAGCCUGGAGUCCUGCACGGGGGCUCUGGACGAACUCAGCGAGCAGCUGGAGUCCAGAGUGCAGCUCUGCACGAAGUCCAGCCGUGGCCACCACCUAAAGACCUCUGUUGACCAGCUCUCAGCGCUGUUUUUCUGAGAACAUCCUUGUCCCUAAUGACCGAGGCCAGAAACCAUCUCCGUGGGGUGCUCCAGAUUUUUAGGUCCCUCAGGAAAACACCAAGCUGCACUAGGAGCUGAAUGCAAAGGAUGAGAAAAACUUUUCUUGAAGUUUUUCCUGACGCUUGUGAUUAUAUCAAGCCCAUCCAGACAACCCAAGAUAGUUUCCCCAUUUUAAGUCUCUAUGAAGCCCCACUCUCCCGGUCGGCUGGUGCAAAGCCCGGCAAGCCCGCAGGGGGGCGCCCAGAACACGCCGUCUAGGG